AUGCAGCAUCAUCCUGGAUCCUGGUACAUUCCUUGGGGUGUACCACUUCAAAAAAUGUUGGCUGUGCCGUUUAAUCCAGCUGCAGCGGGAGGCUAUCAACCUCAAAUAGCUGCCACUGCUGUGCAAGCACAACCACCACAGCCUCCGAAUCAAACGCAACAAUCACCAUACACUCAUCAUCAGCUUCAAGCUAUGCACCACAAUCAUGCAGCGGCAGCUAUUCACCAGCAACUUAACCAACAAUUACAUCCUGCAGCAGCUGCUGCCAUGUUUACGCCGCUAACUUUAAGAAGUUUCGUAGCACAUCCACAUUUGAAUUUAAGUCAGCAGCCAAUGCCAUCAGCUGCACAACAACCCCAGCAACCUCUAACAAGUCAAACGCAAUCACAAUUAACAGCAUUAAAUUUAAAUAAUGUCGGUGUUGUUCCUGUCCGGCAAACAACGACACCAACAAACACAACAGGACUUAUUUUGCCUAUGCGAAAGGUAUGA